UGUUGGCUUCAUCUCUUCGACUAGUCAAAUCUUUAAAAGAGAUGAAAAUUUAGCGUGCAACUUCCUUACUAGAAGUGUCUUUAAAAACAAAAAAAUGAAAUCUGUUUUGCUGUCUUUCAUCUUCAUCCUAACUUUUAUCACUACUCACUUCCCCAGUUCAGCCUCUCUCCCUUUCAUUCUCAUCCAUGUGGACAAGAUUGUAGUGUUAAGAAAGUUUCUGAUCUCAUUAAGCAGUUAAGUCGUUGGUCAGCUACGGAAGGAUAUUGCAUAGGAACAAGCCACGGAAAACUGAACUGAUCAGGCAGCGAUUGCCUGCAGCAAGGUCUCACUUUUCAGUACAGUGAACAGUCACACAGCUUAGUGUUUAUGACUUAAUUAUGAGUUACAGAAAUCAUAAUUGCUUAAUUUAUUAGUGUUUGAUGAUUGUGUAUUAUCAAAAUGACAUACAGGUGAAGCGAAUGAAAGAGCUUGAUCAAGGUUAUAACAUUGUCGGUCUCUCUCAGGGGAAUUUAAUCGCAAGAAGCAUAAUUGAAUUCUGUGAUGGAGCACCAAGAGCAAAGAACUUCAUUUCAUUAGCAGGGCCACAUGUUGGAAUAGCUGCACCCCCUUUCGGCCUUUUUAGAGAGUUGUACUCUGCAGCAGCAAAAUUUAUCAACUUUGGUAUCUACGGAAAAUUUAUCCAGAAAAAUUUGGCUGCCAGUGGUUAUAUCAAAAUCCCAUAUAAUAUUCCUUCAUAUCUCCGAAAUUCUAAAUUCCUUCCGAAGCUUAACAACGAACUAUCGAAUGAAAGAAACUCGACCUACAAAGAAAGGUUCGAAAGUUUAGAGAACUUGGUGCUUAUUAAGUUCGACAAUGAAAACGUUCUACAACCGAAAGAAACCUCAUGGUUUGGGUAUCAUCCGGACUGUUCCUUCUCCAGUGUGCUAUCUACCCAAGAGACGAAGCUUUUCAUUGAAGAUUGGAUUGGUUUAAAAGCAUUGGAGGAAGCAGGGAAUGUCACGUACAUAACUUUACCAGGGGUUCAUUUAGAAAUCUCAGAUGAUGGUUUGAAAAAAUACAUUGUACCCUACUUAAAGAACAAAAACCUGACAUGGCAUAACGCGUCAACGCCACAUGUACUGUUGCCUAACUGGAAACCAAUCAUAUUGACGAUAAAACGGCAAUGUCCUAUAGAGGUGCAGGUGAUAAGACGGUAAUACUCCAAGACAUUCCCAGAUCGUACAUAGCUAGUUUUUUGUAGUUGCUAUCUCAAUAGUAUAUGUGUAAUAUCUUUCUGGCUCCCGUGAAAUUUUAUCAUAUGAUAUAUAUAUUGUUUUGAAAUA